AGCCUCACUGCUGUGUGUCGCUGCUUGGGAAGGAGGAUUUAAACUUCCGGCACUGUCAUGGCGGCGUGGUGGUGCCUCUGAUUGAGAAACGGGAGAAUAACAAACCGCCCCCACCUAUCGGCUAUUUUAUAUGUAUUUGAGGAUUUACCACUCGCCGUUCUGAAGAAAUACACAAUUCACGGGGGGAUAAGCAGAAGCCCGUCGCGGCUGCGUCUUGGCCCGCCAUGGCUGCACAUAAACCCGUAGAAUGGGUUCAGGCCGUAAUUAAUAGAUUUGACGAGCAGCUUCCGGUCAAAGUGGGCCAGCAGAACACGCACACCAAAGUGAGCACGGAGCACAACAAGGAGUGUCUGAUCAACAUCUCCAAGUACAAGUUCUCCCUGGUCAUCAGCGGCCUCACCAACAUACUCAAGAAUGUCAACAACAUGCGAAUAUUUGGGGAGACGGCGGAGAAGAACUUAUACCUCUCUCAGCUCAUCAUCCUGGAUACUCUGGAGAAGUGCCUCGCAGGGCAACCUAAGGACUGUAUGCGUCUGGAUGAGACGAUGCUGGUGAAGCAGUUAUUGCCAGAGAUCUGCCACUUCAUCCACACGUAUCGCGAGGGCCACACCUACGCAGCCCAGCUCAGGGCCUCCGCAUCCGGGGUGCUCUUCUCCCUCAGCUGCAACAACUUCAACGCCGUCUUCAGCCGAAUAUCUACCAGGCUUCAAGAACUGACCAAUUGCUCUGAGGACACGGUAGAUGUGCACGACAUAGAGCUCAUCCAGUACAUCAAUGUGGACUGUGCCAAACUCAAGAGGCUACUACAAGAGACCGUGUUCAAGUUCAAAGCCCUGAAGAAGCCAGCGCAGCUCAGUGUCAUCAACAGUCUGGAAAAGGCGUUUUGGAAUUGGGUGGAGAAUUAUCCAGACGAGUUCACAAAGCUCUAUCAGAAACCACAAGCAGAAAUGGCAGAGUGUGCGGAGAAGUUGUUUGACCUGGUGGACAGCUUUGCGGAGAGUGCCAAGAGGAAGGCGGCCGUGUGGCCGCUGCAGAUCAUCCUGCUCAUCCUCUGCCCCGACAUCCUGCAGGCACUCUCACGAGACACCGUGGACGAGAGCAAAGCCAACAAGAAGCACUUCCUGGACAACCUGCGUAAGGCUCUGGUUGGCCACGGCGGUAGCAAGCAGCUGACGGAGAGCUCAGCCAUCGCCUGCGUGAAGCUCUGCAAGGCCUCCACCUACAUCAACUGGGAGGACCACUCCAACAUCUUCCUUCUCAUACAGCCUAUUGUGGUGGACCUCAAGGCCUUGCUGUUCAACCCCACCAAGCCGUUCUCCCGGGGGGCGGGCAGCCAGAGUGCAGAUGUGGACCUCAUGAUCGACUGCUUCGUAUCCUGCUUUCGCAUCAACCCCCAUAACAACCAGCACCUCAAGGUGUGCCUGGCCUCCUCUUCUCCCGCCACCUUCCACUUUGUACUGGUCCACUCCCUCCACAGGAUCAUCACCAACUCCCCUCUAGACUGGUGGCCUAAGAUCGACGCGGUGUACUGCUACUCAGGGGAGCUGCGCAGCAUGUUUCUGGACACGCUGGGACGCCUCACACAGGCCUGCACCACACACACACACGCCCCGCUCAAGAUGACCUCGAGCCUGACGUUUAAGGAGAAGAUCGGCAGUUUGAAGCUGAGGGAGAAGACCACAGACGUGGACACCAGGAGCCACAACCUGCUGCUGGCCCUCGUCAAACUCAUACACGCAGAUCCCAAACUCAUGCUGCACAACCCCGGUAAGCAGGGUGCGGACAUCCAGAGCAGCACCGAGGGGCUGAUCACAGGCCUGGUACAGCUGGUACCGCUGGCCAACAUGGGGGACAUCUCACAAGAGGCCAUGGAGGCUCUGUUGGUGCUCCAUCAGCCUGAGACCAUUGAGCUGUGGAAUCCAGACGCUCCCAUAGAAACCUUCUGGGACAUCAGUUCGCAGGUGCUGUUUGCGAUCUGCAAGAAGCUGACGGGCCACCAGAUGAUGGGCAGUACGGAGGUCCUCAAGUGGCUCAGGGAGAUCCUCAUCUGCAGGAACAAGUUCCUCCUCAGAAACAAGGACCGUGUGACGGCGGGCAGCAGCAUCCCCAUCUGUCGUCAGGCAGGCACGGUGCUGGAGGUCUGCCUCUACAUGUUCCUCUGGAGCCCAGACAUGGAGGCCGUGCUGGUGGCCAUGUCCUGCUUCAGACACCUGUGUGAGGAGGCGGAGCUGCGGUGUGGUGUGGACGACCUGCCCGUCCAGAGCCUGCUGCACAACUACAACACCUUCAUGGAGUUCGCAUCCGUCAGCAACAUGAUGGCGACAGGUCGCUCAGCGCUUCAGAAGAGAGUGAUGGCUCUGCUGAGACGGAUAGAACACCCAACGGCAGGAAACAUCGAGGCCUGGGAGGACACCUACAGGAAAUGGGACCAUGCCACCAAACUACUUGUAAACCAGCCAAAGUCUAAGCUAGAAGAUGGGCAGACGGCCUUCUUCCAGGAGUGGAUCAACAUGACGGGCUUCCUGUGUGCCCUGGGCGGCGUGUGUCUGCAGCAGAGGACCACGCCGUUGCUAGGCACCUACAGCCCGCCCAUGGGCUCGCUGGGCUCGGAGCGCAAGGGCUCCAUCAUGUCCAUGGGCUCCUGCGACGGCGCCUCGGAGACCCCGCUCAGCAAGUUCCUGGACCGGCUGCUGUCGCUGAUGGUGUGCAACCACGAGAAGGGGCUGCAGAUCCGCACCAACGUCAAGGACCUGGUGGGCCUGGAGCUCAGCCCGGCGCUCUACCCCAUGCUCUUCAACAAGCUCAAGAACAGCAUCAGCCGAUUCUUCGACACGCAGGGCCGCGUUCCAAUAAAUGACACAAACACACAGUUUGUGGAGCAGACCAUCGCUAUCAUGAAGAACCUGCUGGACAAUCACACUGAGGGCAGCUCAGAACACCUGGGCCAGGCCAGCAUAGAGACCAUGAUGCUGAACCUCGUCAGGUAUGUGCGUAUCCUUGGCAACAUGGUGCAUGCCAUCCAGAUCAAGACCAGGCUGUGUCAGCUGGUGGAGGUGAUGAUGGAGCGCAGAGACGACCUGUCCUUCUGCCAGGAGAUGAAGUUCAGGAAUAAGAUGGUGGAGUACCUAACAGACUGGGUGAUGGGUACGUCCAACCAGGCCGCAGACGACGACGUCAAGUGUCUCAUGAGGGACCUGGACCAGGCCAGUAUGGAGGCGGUAGUGUCCCUGCUGGCAGGCCUCCCCCUGCAGCCUGAGGAGGGCGACGGGGUGGAGCUCAUGGAGGCCAAGUCACAACUCUUUCUCAAGUACUUCACGCUCUUCAUGAACCUGCUGAACGACUGCAGUGAGGUGGAGGAUGACGGGCAGCAGGUGGCGGGUCGAAAGAGGGGCAUGUCACGCCGCCUGGCAUCCCUACGCCACUGCACCAUCCUCGCCAUGUCCAACCUGCUCAACGCCAACGUGGACAGCGGACUCAUGCACUCCAUAGGUCUGGGCUACCAUAAGGAUCUGCAGACCCGAGCCACCUUCAUGGAGGUGCUGACCAAGAUCCUGCAGCAGGGUACGGAGUUCGACACGUUGGCGGAGACGGUGCUGGCCGACCGCUUCGAACGGCUGGUGGAGCUGGUGACCAUGAUGGGGGACCAGGGGGAGCUGCCCAUCGCCAUGGCGCUCGCUAACGUGGUGCCCUGCUCGCAGUGGGAUGAGCUGGCGCGUGUGCUGGUGACGCUGUUCGACUCGCGGCACCUGCUGUACCAGCUGCUGUGGAACAUGUUCUCCAAGGAGGUGGAGCUGGCCGACUCCAUGCAGACGCUCUUCAGGGGCAACAGCCUGGCCAGCAAGAUCAUGACCUUCUGCUUCAAGGUGUAUGGCGCCACCUAUCUGCAGAAGCUAUUAGAGCCGCUGCUGAGGUCUGUCAUCACAGCUCCUGAGUGGCAGAUGAUCUGCUUCGAGGUGGACCCCACCAGGCUGGAGGCGGGUGAGUGCUUGGAGGAGAACCAGAGGAGUCUUCGGCAGAUGACCCAGCGCUUCUUCCAGGCCAUCCUCAGCUCCUCCACCGAGUUCCCCCCGCAGCUACGCAGCGUAUGCCACUGCCUCUUCCAGGCAACUUGUCAUUCCCUCCUGAGCAAAGCGUCUGUCAAAGAAAUUAAUAAGGAGGGAAAGAGAUCCGUGGUGAGCCAGCGCUUCCCCCAGAACAGCAUCGGGGCGGUGGGCAGUGCCAUGUUCCUGCGCUUCAUCAACCCCGCCAUCGUCUCCCCGUAUGAGGCGGGCAUCCUGGACAAGAAGCCGCAGCCGCGAGUGGAGAGGGGACUCAAACUCAUGUCCAAGAUUCUGCAGAGUAUUGCCAACCACGUGCUGUUCACCAAGGAGGAGCACAUGAGGCCCUUUAACGACUUUGUCAAAAGCAAUUUCGACGCUGCCAGGAAGUUUUUCUUGGACAUUGCGUCCGACUGCCCGGCCAGUGACUCGGUCAACCACAGCCUCUCCUUCAUCAGCGACGGAAACGUCCUCGCUCUGCACCGGCUGCUGUGGAACAACCAGGAGAAGAUCGGACAGUACCUCUCCAGCAACAGGGACCAUAAGGCGGUGGGGCGGCGGCCGUUUGACAAGAUGGCCACCCUGCUGGCCUACCUGGGCCCUCCGGAGCACAAGCCAGUGGCCGACACACACUGGUCCAGCCUCAACCUCACCAGCUCCAAGUUCGAGGAGUUCAUGACCAGGCACCAGGUCCAUGAGAAAGAGGAGUUCAAAGCGCUCAAGACCCUCAACAUCUUCUACCAGGCUGGCACCUCCAAGAACGGGAACCCUGUCUUUUACUACAUCACACGAAGGUUUAAGACCGGCCAGAUCAACGGAGACCUCCUCAUCUACCACGUGCUCCUGACCCUGAAGCCGUACUACGCCAAGCCCUACGAGAUUGUAGUGGACCUGACCCACGCCGGCCCCAGCAACCGCUUCAAGACCGACUUCCUAUCCAAGUGGUUCGUGGUGUUCCCGGGCUUCGCCUACGAGAACGUGGCCGCCAUCUACAUCUACAACUGCAACACGUGGGUGCGCGAGUACACCAAGUACCACGAGCGGCUGCUCACGGGCCUCAAGGGCAGCAAGAAGCUGCUGUUCAUCGAUUCGCCGCCGCGACUCGCCGAACACGUGGAGCCCGAUCAGCAGAAGCUGCCCGCCGCCACGCUCGCCCUGGAGGAGGACCUCAAGGUCUUCCACAACGCCCUCAAGCUCGCCCACAAGGACACCAAAGUCUCCAUCAAGGUGGGUUCCAACGCGGUGCAGGUGACGUCGGCGGAGCGGACGCGCGUCCUGGGCCAGUCGGUCUUCCUCAACGACAUCUACUACGCCUCGGAGAUCGAGGAGAUCUGCCUGGUGGACGAGAACCAGUUCACGCUGACCAUCGCCAACCAGGGCACGCCGCUCACCUUCAUGCACCAGGAGUGCGAGGCCAUCGUCCACUCCAUCAUCCACAUCCGCACGCGCUGGGAGCUCUCGCAGCCCGACUCCAUCCCGCAGCACACCAAGAUCCGGCCCAAGGACGUGCCGGGCACCCUGCUCAACAUCGCCCUGCUCAACCUGGGCAGCUCGGACCCCAGCCUCAGGUCGGCAGCCUACAACCUGCUGUGCGCCCUGACCUGCACGUUCAACCUGAAGAUCGAGGGCCAGCUGCUGGAGACGUCGGGGCUCUGCAUCCCGGCCAACAACACGCUCUUCAUCGUGUCCAUCAGCAAGACGCUGGCAGCCAACGAGCCACACCUCACCCUGGAGUUCCUGGAGGAGUGCAUCUCCGGCUUCAGCAAGUCCAGCAUCGAGCUGAAGCACCUGUGUCUGGAGUACAUGACGCCCUGGCUCCUCAACCUGGUGCGCUUCUGCAAGCACAACGACGACGCCAAGCGCCAGCGCGUCACCGCCAUCUUGGACAAGCUCAUCACCAUGACGAUCAACGAGAAGCAGAUGUACCCCUCCAUCCAGGCCAAGAUCUGGGGCAGCCUGGGGCAGAUCACAGACCUGCUGGACGUUGUGCUGGACAGCUUCAUCAAGACGAGUGCUACAGGAGGCCUGGGCUCCAUCAAGGCAGAGGUCAUGGCGGACACCGCAGUCGCCCUCGCCUCCGGCAACGUCAAGCUCGUCUCCAGCAAGGUGAUCAUCCGCAUGUGCAAGAUCAUCGACAAGACGUGCCUGUCGCCGACGGCGACGCUGGAGCAGCACCUGAUGUGGGACGACAUCGCCAUCCUGGCGCGCUACAUGCUCAUGUUGUCCUUCAACAACUCUCUGGACGUGGCGGCCCACCUGCCCUACCUCUUCCACGUGGUCACGCUGCUGGUGGCCACCGGACCCCUCUCGCUCAGGGCCUCCACGCACGGCCUCGUCAUCAACAUCAUACACUCCCUCUGCACGUGCUCACAGCUCAACUUCAGCGAGGAGACAAAGCAGGUGCUGCGUCUGAGCCUGACGGAGUUCUCGCUGCCCAAGUUCUACCUGCUGUUUGGCAUCAGCAAGGUGAAGUCCGCUGCCGUCAUCGCCUUCCGCUCCAGCUACCGCGACCGCUCCUUCUCGCCCGGCUCCUACGAGAGGGAGACCUUCGCCCUGACGUCGCUGGAGACCGUCACCGAGGCCCUCCUCGAGAUCAUGGAGGCCUGUAUGAGGGACAUUCCUGGCUGCCGCUGGCUGGAUCAGUGGACAGAGCUGGCCCAAAAGUUUGCGUUCCAGUAUAACCCGUCUCUGCAGCCGCGGGCCCUGGUGGUGUACGGCUGCAUCAGCAAGCGCGUCAGCCACGGCCAGAUCAAGCAGAUCCUGCGCAUCCUCAGCAAGGCCAGCCAGCUGCUCAGCAUCGACAGAGGUCUGGAGAGCUGUCUGAAGGGUCCUGAUAGCUACAACAGCCAGACGCUGAUCGAGGCAACAGUCAUCGCCCUCACCAAGCUACAACCCCUUCUCAACAAGGACUCUGCGAUGCACAAGGCCUUGUUCUGGGUGGCGGUGGCUGUACUGCAGCUGGACGAGGUGAACCUCUACUCAGCAGGCACCGCACUACUGGAACAAAACCUGCACACACUCGACAGCAUGCACGUCUUCAACGACAAGAGUCCCUCGGAGGUCUUCAUGGAUAUUCGGCGUCCUCUGGAAUGGCACUGUAAGCAGAUGGACCACUUUGUCGGCCUCAACUUCACAUCCAACUUCAACUUCGCCCUCGUAGGACACCUGCUCAAAGGCUACAGGCACCCGUCCCCCACCACGGUGGCUCGUACGGUCCGCAUCCUGCACACCCUGCUGGGCCUGGUGGGGAAGCACCGGCAGUGCGACCGCUUCGAGGUCAACACCCAGAGUGUGGCCUACCUGGCAGCUCUCCUGACGGUCUCGGAGGAAGUGCGCAGCCGGUGCCGUCUGAAGCACAGGAAGUCCCUGUCCCUGCCCGACAUCACCAUGGAGACCAUCCCCAUGGACACCUACGUGGUGCCUCACAGCGACCUCAGCUGCAGGACGUUACGGGAGAACCAGCCGUGGACGUCUCCCAACGUAUCGGACCGGUACCUGACGGCCCACUACGCCACGGUGGGGCAGGUCAGCCCGCGGACCCGCAAGUCCAUGAGCCUGGACAUGGGCCAGCCCUCGCAGGCCAAUACCAAGAAACUGCUGGGAACCAGGAAGAGCUUCGACCACCUGAUGCCCGACACCAAGGCCCCCAAGAGGGCGGAGAUGGAGGGAGGCAUCACUACGCCCCCCAAGAUGCGCAGGGUGGCCGAGAACGACUACGAGAUGGAGCCCCAGCGCAUCUCUCAGCAUCAGCAGCUGAGGAAGGUUUCUGUGUCGGAGUCCAACGUGCUGCUGGACGAGGAAGUCCUGACCGACCCCAAGAUACAGGCCCUGCUACUCACCGUGCUGGCCACCCAGGUGAAGAACACCACAGAUGAGUUUGAUCAGAGGAUCCUGUACGAGUUCUUGGCCGAGGCCAGCGUAGUCUUCCCUAAGGUCUUUCCGGUCGUGCACAACCUUUUGGACUCUAAGAUCAACACGCUGCUGUCCAUGUGCCAGGACCCCAACCUGCUGAACCCCGUACACGGCAUCGUGCAGAGCGUCAUCUACCACGAGGAGUCGCCGCCCCAGUACCAGCCCUCAUACCUGCAGAGUUUGGGCUUUAAUGGACUUUGGAGGUUUGCGGGGCCGUUCUCAAAGCAAACUCAGAUCCCCGACUACGCAGAGCUGAUCGUGAAGUUCCUGGACGCGCUGAUCGAGUCCUACCUGCCGGGCAUCGAGGAGGAGGCCAGCGAGGAGGCGCUGCGGACCCCCACCUCCCCGUACCCCCCCACCGUGCCCAGCCAGCUCAGCAUCGCCGCCAACCUCAACUUAUCAAACUCCAUGACCUCGCUGGCCACCUCGCAACACGCGCCGGGCAUCGACAAGGAGAACGUGGAGCUGUCCCCGAGCUCGUCCCUGGGCGGGGGCGUCGGCAUCGGGGGUGGCAGGGGCGGGGCCAGCCGGGCGCGUCACGGCUCCACCAGCCAGGUGCAGAAGCAGCGCAGCACGGGCUGCUUCAAACGCUCCAGCAUCAAGAAGCUGGUGUGACGCCCGCCGCCGUGACCGCGCCGCGCCCGGGCCGCCACCGGUGCCCGUCUUGAACGCCACCUAACCAAAAUCGCCACUCUUCUCUCUCUACGCCUCACCACCACACAACCUGUGCAAGUGGUGCAAGCUAACCUAGCCUAGCCUAGCCUGGCUUAGCCUAGCCUAGCCUUGCCUGGCCGGCUAGACCGCUGGUGUUUUUGGGCCAGUUGUGACUUGCUGGGCUUUUUUGUGUUUGUUUCGAGAGAAAAGAACAAACCGACGAACCGUCUUCUUGGGUUUUUGCCGUCCCGUCCUCGAGGGCAGCUGUAGGAGGAGGAUGUUGUUUUUUGGGGGCAAGUUAGCGGAUUACCGUGUCGUUACUCUACAAGGGUCCAGUGUUUUAGUAUGUUUUUGAAGGGACAUGAACACACCUCCGUAUUAUGUAUGGGGGUUUGUAUUACGUGUAUGUGUGAGGAAGACGUGUAGGUGUAUGCACACACACACACACACACACACACACACACACACACACACACACACACACACACACACACACACACACACACACACACACACACACACACUCAAACCCAUGUGUUUGUUUGACAUAACGGAACACUCAAAUAAGUGCCAUGACGAUGUCUGCAAAUUACGUUGGGUUUCGUAGAGCAGUGGACAUACCUUUGCCUGCUCUGCCAUCGACUGCAUUCUGUUUUCAAGCAGAACUAUUCUUGAGUUUGCACAUCAAUGACAUGUCGUUUCAUCAUUUUAACUUCCACUUAACUUCUGCCUUUUUUAACGGGACACUUUCUGGAUAAAGGCUAAAGAGGAUCGGAGGGGAUGUGUGGUUGGAAGUCAGGACUCUGCCCUCUUUGGGGACAGCCAAUCAUAAAAGAGCUGAGGAGGGGUCUCGACCAAUCACCGAAGGGCAGAGGAGGAGCCUUGGCCAACCACAGAGGGGCAGAGGAGUGCUCUCGGCAGGCCCCUCCCACAUCCUGUUGUCUUAGCCCUCAUCCUGACUUCUGAGGCAACUUCAACGUUGCAUUCCGGAGGACCCCACUACUACUACUACCCCUUGCAAACCGUCAUUUUUUUGAGAAAUAAGACAAUAUUCAGUACAAGAAUUCUAUUCAGUAGCCACUCCUUAAAAAUGUAAAAGAACAAACAAUCUCUGUUACCCUCACAUACACCUCCAACCAAACGUCACACCACACAACACACCACACCACACCACCACACCUCACACCCAGAUAACACCACACACCACACCACACCACAUCCCGAUAACGCCACACACCACCACACCUCACACCCAGAUAAACACCACACCACACACCACACCACACCUCACACCCAGACAACACACCACCACACCACACCUCUCACCCAGAUAACACCACACACCACACCACACCACAGCACCGUAGAGCUCCAGGUGAAGGACCCAGGGCCAAGGACAGGAGAGAACGACAGGUAGUGAGGCCCAGUGAGGACACAUGUGAUGGGCCUCUGGCGUAAAAAAAAGGACUUCAGAGAAUGCGUUUUCUGGUGUGUGUAGGAUGCAUUCUCCAGUGUCUCUGAGAUGCCGUCUCCAGCGUCUCUGAGAUGCCGUCUCCAGCGUCUCUGAGAUGCCGUCUCCAGCGUCUCUGAGAUGCCGUCUCCAGCGUCUCUGAGAUGCCGUCUCUAGCGUCUCUGAGAUGCCGUCUCCAGCGUCUCUGAGGUGCCGUCUCCAGUGUCUGGAGAGAUGGAGCCUGUUGUUGUAGUCUGCUGGUCUGGUCUGUCUGUUUGUUUCUUCCAUAUCGAGACGAGAGCUGCCUGCUGUACUGUACUGCAGGUGUUGAGUUCACCGUCUCACAGCUGUUCUCCUUUCCUCUCCUGCUCUGCUCUGCUGAGGGACAUGGCAGCCUGUCGGCCACGUGUGGGAUACAGAUGCAGUGUGCAGUACAGCUGUGUCAAAAUGCUGCAUUUCC